GCUUGCCCGYGCGUGCCUUGGCUCCCGGGGCGGCGCCAUGUUCUACGCGGUGCGCCGCGGACGGCGCACGGGCGUCUUCCGCACGUGGGCGGAGUGUCAGGAGCAGGUGAACAGGUUCCCCGCCGCCAGCUUCAAGAAAUUCGCCACCGAGAAGGAGGCCUGGGCCUUCGUGGGCGCCGGCCCCGCGGCGCUGCCGCCGCGGCCCGCAGAGACACAAGGUCCUGCAACCAUAACACAGGAAAAUGCCAGCUGCAGAGGGGAGGCAGAAAGUGACUUCCUAUGUGGCAGUCAGUGCAAGAGGCCAUAUGAGCAGUCUACAUCUGAGGAACAUGGCCCAAAACGCAUAAAACCUGAUGAAACGUGCACAGUGCCCACGGUCAGUGAAGAUCAAUUUUCAUACAUGGGUGACUUUGCAGUUGUGUAUACGGAUGGUUGCUGCUCAAGUAAUGGGCGUAAUAGGGCACGUGCUGGAAUAGGUGUCUACUGGGGACCAGGCCACCCUUUAAAUACCAGUGAAAGGCUUCCUGGACGGCAGACUAAUCAAAGAGCUGAAAUACAUGCAGCCUGCAAAGCAAUAGAGCAAGCAAAGAGUCAAAACAUCAAGAAACUAAUUAUCUACACUGAUAGCAAGUUCACUAUUAAUGGUAUCACAAGUUGGGUCGACAACUGGAAAACAAAUGGCUGGAGAACAAGCUCAGGAGGAAGUGUGAUAAAUAAAGAAGAUUUUGAAAGACUUGAUAGACUGUCAAAAAACAUAGAGAUCCAGUGGAUGCAUAUUCCUGGUCAUGCUGGAUUCCGAGGAAAUGARGAAGCCGAUAGACUGGCAAGAGAAGGAGCAGGCAAACAGAAAUUGUGACACRUCGGGGCUAGAGACUGUUGCAGUCGGAGGAGAGGACUAACACCAUUCGACCUGUUGUCAUUGUUUGAGUUGAACUUCGAACUGUAUUUCUAUGUGGCCUGUGGCUUUAAACAUACACCAACUUAUGAAAAAAAACGUGUAUUUUCUUUCUGUUGCGUUUGUUUUAGCAUCAAAUCAGUAUUUAGGUAACGGCAUACAGAGUUUGGCUUUUUCCCCCAUCUUACUGAAGCGCUGCUGUCAAUGUUUUUUAGCUGUCUCAUAUAGACUUGAAUUCACUAUAUAUGA